AUGAAGAUUGUGAUAUUUUGUGCAUUAUUGGUCAUAGGUGCCAUAAAACCAGUUUAUACAAUUUAUACAAUUGACGAAUAUAGACAAACUAGUUUAAAUCCUAAAGUUAUUGCAAAAAUUUUAUAUGACAUUUUAGAUGUAGAAAAAUCUGCAAAAAUGAUAAUUUCUGCUGAUCAGAAAUGCUUAUCUGUAAAAGAUAUUGUGAAUGAAUUUGCAACCUUAAAAAAUAAUGAUUUUCAACCUAUAAUUAUUACUCAAAAGGAAGUCGCUCAUUCUCAAAUUAAACUAUAUUGUUCAACACAAACGAUUUUUUCAAAUAAUCGUCAAAAAAUUAUCAAAUUUUUGCCUGCACAUAAAACAUUCAUUUACAGUCCAGAUCUAAAUGUAAAUUUCCUAUCCAGUAAUAUUGACCAAAUUUCUAGUAAUCAAAAUUUUUAUUUGGUUGAAAACGAUAAAAAUAUUCAGAUAAUGAGAAUAACAAAAUAUCAUGAAGCUCAUUGUAAAAAGGAAUUGACAGUUAUCAACUCUUUUAAUAUGGUAUCAAAUAACUGGGUUGUUAAAAAUCAGAAGUUAAUGUAUAUGAUGGAAAGAGAUUUUAAGGGAUGUAAUAUAACUUUUGGAAUGUAUGGAGUUCCAAUAUUUCUACCAAUUGAUUUAAUGUUUGGUCUUAAUCAGGAAGUUUUAAUGGCGCUUGGAAGGAAAUAUAACUUUAAGAGUAUAUUAAAAAUCAUUCAAAACAACAAAUUCGAUUCUGUUGACUAUAUGAUAGGCACAAUGCUUUACUUAAAAACGGCAAAAUUGUUAAAAUAUAAUGAUGUCUCCUGGCCUAUAGGAAGUAUUCAAGAAUUCUUUUUAGUAUCUAGAAAUACUAAACAAUUAAUUGACUUUGAGAAAAUCCUUAUGAUCUUUGAUUUGAAAACAUGGAUCCUCAUCUUAAUUUCAUUAAUUGUACCGUUAAUUUCUAUUCAAAUCAUAAACUGCUUUAAUGAGACUGUUCAAAAGUUUAUUUAUGGAGGAAAAGUGUCUUCACCAACACUUAAUAUUUUAGCAAUUUUCUUCGGUAUUCGUCAAACAGCAUACUCACGAUUCUUACCAAAACGAAGCUCUACAAGAAUGCUUUUCAUUUUGUUCAUGUUUUAUUCUUUAAUAGUACGAACAUGUUACCAAAAAUUAUCUUUUGAAUUUUUAACAAAUGAUAUUUAUGAAAAAACUUCGUAUACAAUCAAUGAUCUAAUAGAGAACAAUUAUACAUUCAUUUCCACUGAUAAAAGAUUUUUUCCUCAAGACACUGGAAAGCGAAUAAUUAAAAAUGUUAAAGUUGUAGAUUCAAAUACCUUUAUGCAUAUUAUUACGGUUGAUUGCGUUUAUAAAAAUUCUAAAUAUGGAAUAUUGAUAAAUUCUGUAAUUGAAGCACACAUUAAACCUCUAUUAAAUCAUUGUCCAUGGGUUAAAACAACAGUUCAUGCUGAAGAUUCGUUGGUUUUAACAGCUACUCAAAAUAACGAAUUAUCAGAUAUAAUAAUUAAAACAGUAAAUGGUUUAAUGAAUGCAGGGAUAUUUAAUUUAAAAAUGAAAAGUUUUUUUCGUCAUGCAAAAAAAAAUUUGAUUUCAUUACAUUCUCCAAAAGUUUUAACUCUGUAUGAUCUCUGCUUUUAUUUUGAGAUUUGGAUGGUUUCUCUCGUAUUACCUUUAAUUGUUUUUAUUUCUGAAUUCAUUAUAUAUAAAAUUCGAAGUCAAUCGAGAAUCAGAAUUAAAUAUCUAAAACAAGAAACAUUUGAAUGCAUUGAUUUCCCAAUGAAUGCUGAAGAAAUGCAAGCUUCCCAAAAUAUUCAAGAACCUGAGUUUGAAUGCAUCGAUUUACCAUUAAAUGUUGAAAAAAUGCAAGCUGACGAAAAUAUUCAAGAGUCCGAAUUUGAAUGCAUCGAUUCAAAAAUGAAUAUUAAAGAAAUUCAAGCUGACAAAAAUAUUCAAGAUCCUGAAGCUGAAGAAGAAAAUUCUAUAAAUCAUUCAGAUGCAAAAGAAAACAAUUUAAUUUCAGUAGAAGAAAAUGGGAAUGCAGAUGGAAUUAUUGCAAAUCAGUUAUCAAUUGUUGAAAAUUCAGAUCGAAUUACUGAACAUCAUUUAUCAAUUAUUGAAAACGAUACAGUUUGCAGUGAUUCAAAAGAAGGAAAUGAAAUCGAUGAUUUAAUUAUUAACGUAAAUGCUUUGAAAGAAAAAGAAAUCAACACAACAGAGGAUAAUUCCACUAAAGUGUCCAACUAA